AUGCCACCGCCUAGGAAGUGCAAGCGGAUGAUGCGAAUCCCAGACAAAACUAUCCUGAUUGAGGAUUCGUUGCCCUAUGGGAUGGACACCAGUGACACCCUCAACCUCCCAGAGUCUGAGAUGCAAACCUUGAUGAAUAAAUUCAAGGAGGACCCUGGUGAUUUGGUGCAAAAGUUCGCAACACCACCAGCUCCGAAGUUUAAACCAGUUACACGGCGGCAACAAUUUGGAGUUCGCAAUGAUCCCGAGCUUCAAGAUGAGGAGGAGCAGACAGGGGGGAAGAAGAAGGGCAAGGGCAAAGGGAGAGGCAAAGGCAAGCAAGAUGGAACAGAUGGAAAAGAGAAGGCUGCUAAGCCAAGAGGAGGUGGUUCCCGGAAGAAACCGGAGGAUGACGACAUCCUUGAAAAGGAGGAGGAAACCCCAGAUGCUCCACCCAAGCCUUCAGAGGAAUCUUCUGCUCGAACUCAGGAUUUGCCGGAUGGGGAAACUCAGACAGGCAAUGAGUCCCAGUCGAGGCCAGCAAAGGCUAAGCGAGUUCAGGAAACAAAUGCACCCAAAGCGAAGAAACCCAAGAUCAAUGAGGCUCGCCAAAAGACAUCUUUGCCUUCUGUAGAGGCAAAUGGUGCAACUGGGUCUUCCAAGAAAGUGGAAGCCGAUGAGACCAAUCUGGGCAAGAAAACACGGAAGAGGACCAGGCAGCCUGCCAAGACUGCUGAAGCUGUGGCUGGGGCGGGUUUGGUGGGCGAGCGGCAGAAAGCAUCAGGAGAGGAAAAGGUCGGUGUGCCAGCUGGAAAUGGCACAGGAGGUAGCAAUGAUGGAAUGGACGGGAAUGAGAAGGGGGAGGACUUGUUCUGGACAUUUUGCACCAAGCGAUGGGCCGACCAAGAUAUCAACGAGGCCACUAUAUCCGCAGCUGCUCAUGAGUGUGCGAAUGUGUACUUAGCGGAUCUUCAAGCAAGCUAA